AUGGAUUUUAAAAGUAGUUUAGGAAUGCCUCGAGGAGGUGGAGGUAGUAGUGUAGGAGGAUCAAGUGAUGGAGUAUCAUUUAAUCGAAUCAUACCAGGACAGUCUCCACCACACCAAACAUCUACAUCAACACCAUCUACACCAACCAACAACAGAUACAGUAGAGGUAGCGAUGGAACACCACGAUUUGAAAGCUUAUUACCUAGAGGCAGUGAAGGUCUAUCAAGAGGGGGAAGCGACGGCUUUUCAAGAGUAGGAAGUGAUGGUAUGCCUAGAGGAGGAGGAGGAGGAGGUAGUGAUAGAGGUAGCGACAGUAUGAAGAGUAGUAUUGGGUUACCUCAACUAUCACCAACACUAUCGAGUAGAAAUGAACAUGCACCCAUUCACGAAGCAAAGAUUAUGAAUACAUUAAACAAGAUACCAGAUAUGUAUCAAGCACCAAGUUUCGAGGCAAGAAAGACUGCUCUCGAUUUCAUGAGAUCACAUCAUCGUACAGAACAAUUAAAUCAAAUUGAAGGAUGGUUAGAUGAAUUAAAUGAUCAUACUGAUGAUAUUGUUGAUGUAUACUUUCAAGGAUUUAACAAAUCGAUUCAUAAUUAUUCAAGAAUAUUACAAUAUAUGGGAGAUUCGCAUUCCAAUGCUAUAACAAUGAGUAAAGAGGUUGAAGAAAUUAACAAAUUAAUUUAUUUCAAUAAUUCAAAUAUCGAUAGACUAUGGAGAAGAAAUCUUGAAUAUUAUUAUAUGAUUCAAAUUUUAGAAAAAAUGGAAGAAUUAAAAAAAGUACCAGAUUUAUUAGAAGGAUAUGUAAAAGGAAAUCAUUUUGUACAUGCAUCCAAUUUGGUAGUAAAUUCAUUAAAUGCAUUAAAUGAAAAGGAUUUGGUCAAUGUUAAUGCAUUGAUGGAUCUAAGACAAUCAUUGUCAGAGAAAAAGGAAGAAUUUAAUGAUCUCAUUGUCGAUAAAUUAAAUGAUCAUGUCUAUUUAAAAUCUAUUAAAAAUGAUGAAGAUGAUGAAGAUGAUCUAUUUGAUUUUAAAUCAAAUCUUAAAAAAGCUUUAUCAAUUAAUUCACCAUUACCAACACCACAAUUUAAAACAAAUCAAACAACUCAAAAGAAUAAUCAUCAAAAUAACAAAAAUAUAUCUUCACCCAAAGAAGAUGAUGAACAACCAUUAGAACUUGAAUUAAUUUCAAAACAAUCAAAUUCAAUUGAAGAUUUAAAUUUAAAUCCAGAAACAAAUGGUAAAUUAUUUAUGAAUUUAUUGGUAGAAUCAUUAAGUGUAUUGGAUUAUUUGGAACCGGCAGUAGGUUUAAUACUUGGAAAGAUUUCAAUUGAAUUGAGAAAUAUUGUCAAUACAUGCUCCAAUACUGUCACACUUAAAUAUCAAUCAGAGGGUCGUGCGAUACCAAGAGUACCUGGCGAGGGUGGACUAUUGACAAAUAGUAAUGGAGCCGAUCAACUUCAAGACCAUACAUUUAAUCUUUUACUUGGUGAUCAUAUCCACAAAACCGAUAGUACUAUACCAUUGGUCGAUCUCUUGAAAGCCAUUUUCAGCAAGAUUAUGAUGGUAUUUAAGAAUCAUAUGACCUUGUCCAUCAUUGUCAAUGAAUCAAUUAAAAAGAGACAAGAAAACAAAAGACGUCAUCAAUUCCAUGGUUCUUUGGAAAUCUCUGCCGACUCGUUAAACAGCUCUGGUCAGGAUUCUUCCAAUUCUGAUGAACUCUAUAGUGUUGGUUUGGUUUGGGAAAUUAUGCAAAAAGAAAUUCGUGAAAUGUUACGUAUUCAUCUUCAUGAUACUUCAAGUUUAUUAUUAAGAACCAAUUCAACUCUUUUAGAUCAAUCAAAAACUUCUUCAGUUAGAUUAUUUAGUUUUUCAAAUUCAAUUGUAACAGAAUCAUGGAAUGGUAGUACAAGUCCACUUUCAUCACCAACAAUUGGUGUUGGAUCAGGUGGUGGAUUAAAUAAUAGUACUGGUAUUACAAAUGCAGUUAGUAUAUUUAAAGCUUCUCAAUACAAUGUAACUCCAAUCUAUCCAAUGAUUGUUAAAUUUACUGAUCAAAUUGAUUCAAUCAUGACUGGUAAAAAACCAAGACAAGAAUUAGGACUUUCAAAAGAUGAUGGAUCACCAAAAGGAUUACUUAGAUUAUAUAUUGAUGAUUUUGUUCAUCGUAAUUUCUUACAACAUAUUAAAAAUGAUUACAAGGAACGUGUAACAGCUGCAAUUGAAGGUCCAGAUGCAUUUAAACCUUUGGAAAGAUUUAAAUUGGCUUUUAAAUUACGUGAUACAAAACCAAUUUUAAAUAGUACAUUACAAAUUUAUCAAUUUAUAACAGAAUUACAUUCAGAUAUUGUAGCAAUGAGUCAUUAUGUUGAAGAAUUUGGAGCUAUUAUACAAACAUCAUUAUUACGAUAUAAAGAAAAAUGUUUGACCAAAUUUACACAGGAAUUGGAACCAACACUUACUGGAGCAUUAAUGAAUCAUCCAGAACUCUUUAAAUAUUUACAAAACCAAUACGAUAAUAAGAGACAAGAGAUUCCAAAGUUCCAAAAUACAAGAGAAGAAGAUAAUGAAUAUAGACUAGAGUCUGAUCUUUUCACCAAUCAAGAAAGACCAGUUCAAAAGAGUCAACUAUUGUUGGAUCUUGAAAAAUUGACAAUGUUGGCCAAUCUCAAUUACAGUUUGGAAUGGUUGGCUGAUAGAGUAUCAAAUUUAUUCUGGCCACAAAUCAAUAGUACAGCCACUCCAACCAUGGCACCAACAAAAGAUAAUGAUUCCUCUCAACCAUCAACACCAGCUCAAAAAGGAAAGACUCCUGCCAAAUCAAAACAACCACCAGUUUUACAAAAACUUUCACCAGAAGUAUUGGAUUCUCUACGUUCAAUCGAUUUUAUCAUUCAAGAUCUUAGAGAUUUAGCUAAACGUUGUCUUAUUGGUUUAAGAAUUGAAUACAGAAUUCAUUGUUUUUACUUUUUAGAAGGUUUUAAAAAGGGAUCAUAUAUUUGUGAUGAAGAAAGAACAGAUCCAGAUACAUUUAUUGUGGAAUUGAAUAAGGAUUUAUCAACAAAUGAAGAAUCAAUGUCAACUUAUUUAUCAAGUGAUAAAUGUCAAUUCUUGUUUGGUGGUAUUGCCAAAUUGAUUGGUAAAUUAUUAAUCAAUCGAUUGGUCCACAUCAAACAACUCAAUAUCAAUGGAGUUGCCAAACUUUGUAAAAAUGUCUACACUCUUCAACAAAAUCUUACCAAUAUCAUUGUUAAACGUGAAAUGUUUUUUGAUAGAAUAAGACAAUUCUAUCAAUCAUUGUCCAAUGAAGAUGAACUGCUAACCUAUUUAUUAGAGAAAAUGAUUCAACCCUAUUUCACAACUGAAGAAGCAAGAAUCAUUAUCGAUUUCUUAUCAACAACAAAAAGAAUUAGUGGUAAUGCAACUCAAACUUUAGAAGCUAAAUUUAAACUUAUGUAA